GCGGGGGACGCGUGGUGUGAUUGCCCAGGAGAAAGGAAGGCGCUCCAGUUCCGGGUCAGGCCCUUCUCCCGCCUCCCUCGGCCUCCGCCAUGGCGAGUAGCAGCGGUGCCGGGGCGGCGGCGGCAGCGGCGGCGAAUCUGAACGCGGUGAGGGAGACCAUGGACGUUCUGCUGGAAAUUUCAAGAAUUUUGAAUACUGGCUUAGAUAUGGAAACUCUGUCUAUUUGUGUACGGCUUUGUGAACAAGGAAUUAAUCCAGAAGCUUUAUCGUCGGUAAUAAAGGAACUUCGCAAGGCCACUGAAGCACUAAAGGCUGCUGAAAAUAUGACAAGCUGACUUUCUGGAGAAAUCCUGAUGAGAUACGUCAAGCUUUUCAAGAGAAUUUGAAGAUUGCAUUGUAGUCAGGAAUGUACAAUGAAAUUACUGCAUGCAGCAUUGUAGAAACAUUUUCCUUUUUAAAAGAAUUAUAAAACCAUAGCUUUAUAAAUCAGUGGAAAAUGGCUUACAGAGAGAACUAUCAGAUGUGUUUAUAUCACAUCCUACUUUUUUUUUAACAGCUCUAAUGCGUUGGCAUCGCUGUGUUCAUAUUUAUGUAUUCCUUAUUUAUAGCUCUGAUAGCUUUAAUUUUCUAAGCAGUCUGUCUAUCAGAUGUGCACAUCUGCUGUGCCUGGUUAAAGUAUAGUGGAAUCCAUCAGAAGUAAUGUAGUAGUUAUGACUUGUUGACAUUUCCAUUAUAAAAUUUAAUUUUGAAUUGUUUAUGCAAAAUAACUGUGGAUUUGUGUUGUAUUGGGCUAAAACUUGACAAUUUCAGCCACCAUUUGUGAAAUUUGACUUAGAUUUACAGCGUGUAUCAGAAUCUUUUUUAUAAGAGCAUAGAAAUCAUUUGUUUUAACCUGUUCUCCUUAAAGAAUAUUUAGUUUUUUAAACAUGAAAGUUUUCCUGGCACUUAAAAAUAAGAACCAGAUCAUUUUUUGUAUUGACUGAAAAAUAAAACUUAGAAACUUAGAUUUUAAAAGUAAUGGUAGUGCUCAUUAUUGUCAUUUGAACCAUUUAAAUUUAAUGAAAAUAUUAAUUGGUAAUAUUUUUCUUUCUAAGUUCUAUACUCUAUAAAUGAUGGCCUAAAAAAUAAUGCAUAAUGAAAUAUUUCCAAUAUGCAAAAUUCUUUAAUUUUAUUAGUUUAAAUUUAUUAAACUAAAAAUAGUUUGAGUAGUUACCUAAUGUAUCUUGAGUGGUUAUCUAAUCACUAAAUAGGAAGUAUCUGUCAACAAAUAAUAUUUUCUGAAGGAAUAAAGAGUCUGUUCAUUAAACAAAAACUAAAUAAUCAAGUGUUGUGUAUCAGGAAUUUUAAGUAUUCCUUUCCAAGGUCACUUUUUGUGUCAUUAUUUUUUCCCUGAAAGUUUUAGAUAAUCAAAGCGAUGGUUCAAAAUGAAUUUUGGAAAAUGAAGGAUAGUGUUAAUUCUGUUCUGUAGCAAAAUCUCGAUAGAAUAUUUUAUCCAAGAGUGAUAGGAUUUUAAUCUGGUUUUAUUUUAGAUUUUGUUAGCUUCCAUUUAAAUGAUAGUACAAGUGUUUACUCUUUAGCAGCAUUUUUGUACUUCAAAGUAAGGCUUAGUAUUAGUAAUUAAGUGACAGCCUUCUGUUGUAAAAUCUAGUCGUGAUUAUUUAGACUUUGUAAGCACCUAGCAUCUUUACCAAGGACCCUGGAAGGUGUAUUAUUGGCAGACUCAGUUGGGAGACAAUAAUGACUUGUGGUAAGUCAUUUAUUUGUUAGUAAACACUGUAAGUUCUGUAUGUUGUUACCCAGGAAAUCAUAAAGAGAACAUUUUUGUCAAGCUCCAAAAUUGGUAUAUACUCUUAGGCCACAAGAGUUAAUAGUUUUAUUUAUUAUUUUGUAGGUUAUUUAUGUAUGAUACAAAGCAGGAAGAUAUAUUGAGAAGGCAUUAUGUUUACAGAGAGCUUAAGUGUUAAAUGUAAACAUAUAUUUUUAAUGCAUACUUCAGUACUAUUUAAAAAAAUCAAAACAAAUUGUGAUGAUACAAUUGGCAGUUGAUGAUACAAUUAUGCAUGUUGUCAGUGACAAAAAUAAAACCAUUUUGGUAGUA